AGACACAGACAGAGGUUUAGUGUUGAUUUCUUCUUGUUUGUGUUGAUUCUUCUCCUCUUAAACAGACAGAGAAACUCCUGCUGAAGCGACUGAGCUCCACUAUUAUAAAGAUGGCCUUUAUUAAAGAGGAGAGUGAAGACCUGAAGAUUGAAGACACAUUCACAGUCAAACAUGAAGAUGCUGAGCAGAUAACAGAUGCGUUGGUGCUGAAAGAGGAGAGUGAUGAACUGAAGCAAACGAAAGAUCAAUAUGAGAAACACCAUGAUUUUGUUGAAGAAAAUACAAAGAUGAUGAAGACUCAGAAAACCACAUCCAAUCAUCUUUUCUCCUGUCGGGAUUGUGGAAAGAGUUUCAGUCAAAAACAAAAUCUUGAAUCCCACAUGAGUAUCCACACUGGAGAGAAGCCUGACAACUGCCAACACCGUGGAAAGAGCUUCAGUCAACAAAAACACCUUGAGGGCAAUGUUGGAAUCCACACCGGAGAUGAGCCUUUAGCCUGUCAUCAGUGUGGAAAGAGUUUCAAUCAUAAACAAAACCUUAAGAUCCACAUGAGAAUCCACACUGGAGACAAGCCUAACCAAUGCCAACAGUGUGGAAAGAGUUUCAUUCAUAAGCAAAACCUUAAGGUCCACAUGAGGGUUCACACCGGAGAGAAACCGUACCACUGCCAACAUUGUGGAAAGAGUUUCAGCCAACAAACUAAUCUUGAAGGGCACAUGAGAAUUCACUCUGGAGUAAAGCCGUUUACCUGCCAAGAGUGUGGAAAGAGCUUCGUUCAUAAACACAACCUUCAGCUCCACUUGAGAGUUCAUACUGGAGAGAAGCCUUUCAAAUGCCAACACUGUGGAAAGGGUUUCGUUCAUAAACACAACCUUCAGCUCCACUUGAGAGUUCACACUGGAGAGAAGCCUUUCAAAUGCCAACACUGUGGAAAGGGUUUCAGCCUACAGAAAAACCUUGACGGCCAUGUGAGAAUUCACACUGGGGAGAAGCCUUUUUCCUGUCCUCAGUGUGGAAAGAGUUUUAUUGAUAAACAGAACUUUAAGGUCCACAUGAGGGUUCAUACCGGAGAGAAGCCUUACCAGUGCCAACAGUGUGGAAAAGGUUUCAGUCUAAAAGCAAGUCUUGAUUGCCAUAUGAGCAUUCACACUGGACUAAAGCCUUUUGUCUGCCAACAGUGUGGAAAGAGUUUCCACCAAAGACCAAAGCUUAAACUGCACAUGAGAGUUCACACUGGAGAGAAGCCUUAUAUGUGCCAGUGUGGGAAGCGUUUCACUGAAAACGGACAACUUAAAAGACACAUGAUAACUCACACUGCAGAGAAGCCUCACGCGAAUAAAGAUAAAUCACAAGACUCACACAGAGAAGCGCUGUGAACAUCACUAGUGGAAGGCCAAUGGUUGUUGGUGGUCGCAUUGAAUGGUGGAAGGGUGUCGCGGACGAUGGACGAAAGUGAAGAGCGGGGGUUGUCGUGGAUGAAACUGAAGAGAGUUGGGGAGUUGCGGAAGAAGGUGAACAGCGGACAAGGGAGGAGGGCGGUUGAGGAUCUGUAAAAUCAGGUGCCGGAUCAGAUUUCAGAGGUGCCGGCGUUUUCCAGCACAAAUUAAGCCCUGCUUAUAGUACUACUCUAAUCCUUAUAACCAUGUCUUCUUGUCAGUACAGGGUGUUCAUGAGCACUGUGCUAUGAUGUAUACUUUGGAGGUUAACAAGGGUCUGACAAUGAAACUGAAACGCCUGGUUUUAGACCGCAAUAAUUCAUUAGUAUGG